AUGCCGUCAAAUAAAACAGAUCACAAGCGCAAGCGCGCCUCGGACAAUGACCGUCCGAGCAAGAAGCCCGCUCUGCAGAUGCUGCCCCCGCUGGCCGCCAGCGUUGUUGAAGAUAAGAGCGAGCUUGCACCGGUAAUUGCCGACACUCCCGGUCUUCAGAGCUCUGUAUCUCUCCGCUGGAACCCAUAUAUCAAGAGCCGCGCCAAUGUCUCCAAAUCUGCGGCGGCAACCCGGAACCCAGGCAUUGUCUCUUCAGAGAUGCUGCUGCAGUCCUCAGGCCACCCCAAGAUGGACUUCGUCGGCCGUGAAGGCACAGGAGACGACACUGACUCCCAAGUCAAGCACUACGUCGCAGUUGUGGACCCAGAGCAAAAGACAUGGAAGGUCGUGGAGGUGCGACGGGCAACAUUCCGAGGCGCAGUCAGAAGCCGCAGAGCUGAAGCAGAAGACUCAGAAGAUGAGCUGAACACCAUGCGCGCCCAACGCACAGCCCUAACCAACACCUUCGGCACAAAACAAUCCCGCAAGGCCGUUCAAUCCAUGGCCGAGAACGCCCAGCUCUCCAACGCCCCCGCCGGCGCCGUCCCCCAAGCCGGCGCAGCCCUCAUCUCCUCGCUGCCCACCAACACCGCCUCCGGCCUCGCAAAGGCCCUCGCCACGCAAGCCGAAGUGCAAGCCGCCAAGCCCCUCCCAACCCCCAACCUGACCGUCUCGCACCCCUCCGACGUCUAUACAAUCGAGACCCUCGUCCCAGGCAGCCACUCAACCCUGAGCCAGCUCAACGGCGUCGACGAAUGGAAAUCCCAAGUCGACGCCGGCCUCGGCGUGACCACCGUCUCCCGCUACGUCUCCAACCGCGUCGGCCCAGUCGCCAACUCCGACAACAUGACCCACCUGCAAGUCCUGCGCUUCAUCCAACUGCUCAUCGAAUUCGGCCGCUGCCUCAAGAGCAUGGGCGCAAACGCCAAGGGCGGCGGCCCAGGCAGCAAGCGUCUCCCUCCCCGCGAAGACCUCCGCCGCAUCCUCUCCAACACCACCGGCUCCGCCAAGGUCGGUGCUGCCGCUGCCGCUGCCGCCGCCGCCGCAGGCGACUCAAAGACCGACCUCCUCCCGGAGACUGUCAUCGACGCCGUGCGUCGCCGCUUCGCGCCUAGCGGCGGCUUCGUCUCGAAGAACGACCUCACCCUCCUGCACACGACUAUCUGCGCGCUCUCGCUGCACAUCCCCCCUCAGCCUGCGCGUGACGGCGGCUCCAGCUCGCUCGGUGGCAAUGCGCCCAAUGAGCUCGCAACAGAUCCCUCCGAUCUGCGUGACGAUCUGCGUCUGGACCCGAAUACUAUUCACCAGUACUUCCGCGAGCUGGGUUGUCGGAUUGACAAGCCGCGCGAGACGGAGUUCGCGAAGUGGAAUAUCAAGGGCGGACGUGCUGAGGCGCAUGCUCGUCGUGUGGCUCGUUUGAGGGUCCCCGUUGAGUUCCCCAAGGUUAGCCGUGGUGGUCGGAGAUAG